AUAAACUUAGCCUAGAUGUGUUUGUCUAUCUAAAGAAAGAAAGGAGGGAGGUGAAUUCUGAAGGCCAAGCUUUGCUUUGUCUGAAAGUUCAGGAAUUGUGGCCCUGUGAAACUGCUGGAUAAGUUUCCAGCAGGUCAGUUCACACCUUGCCCAGGGGGAUCCCUGGGCAUGGUGGCUUUCUGUGAGAACAACUGCAUGAAAUGACCUCUUGAUACUCAGAGCUAAGGUUUGUGAAAGAUAUAAAAGGCCCUGAAAGGAAAAGGUUAGGGAGUCAUUUAUUAUUUCAAACCAGAGUUUAUAGCUUGGUUUGCCUCUUACUGGUCCUUCCCUCCUAACUUAUUUCUGUCAAGCACAGCAGCACUGUGUGCAGCCAAAUGCUGAAUUCACAGGCUCUUCAGCACUGAUUUUUUCACUUGAGUGUCUCAAGACUCUCUGCUUCAUCAUAGCACUGUUACUUAAAAAGGAAUUUAGUGUGGGUUUUGCUGGGGAGGGGGGGUUGGAUGGGGAGAAUGGCUUUUUUUUUUUUGGGGGGGGAAGGUUUGGGCUUCUUUUAUUUACUCCUUUCUCUUGAUAUGUCACUUGUAGGAAACGGUGUACCUUCAUUGCCCAGGCAACCACUGGGCUCUUCUCUUCAGUAAGAAUCACCUGAAACUGGACAUGUCUGAAUUCUUAAAACAGCCCAUCUUUACUCUCUGCUAUGAACCAAAGACUGGCAGUGGGAUGGUGUCUGUGACCAUGUUCUGUGACUCAGGAUCCAUGCCCUGCAAAGCAGCCAAGGAAAAGGCCGGAUGCAAAAUGGACAGUGGGAUGCAGGCGUACAAAGGCAGAGCUGGGUGCUCCCCCAGGGCUCAGGCUGGGACAACCCCGGCAGUUUUUGGCUGCCAUAUGGAGGACCACACCAAGCGUGUCCAGCCCAUCCCGCUCCCGGCCAUGCAGCAGAACUUGAACUACGGGUACCCCCAGAUUUUUUGGGUGGAUGGCUGUGCUGAAGCAAGUACUUCCUGCCCCUCGGCACCCCCUGUUGCUCCUUUCCCACCACCGGUACCGGACCGGAGGAAAAAGCCAGGGAAAAACAGGGAAAGGAGGGGCUUCGACUUCCUGGUGAUCUACUUGCUGCUCCUGCUGGCCUUCGCUGGAAUGGGGCUGAGCAUGUUUCGAAUUUUUCACCUGGAGAAGGAACUGGCUGAACUCAGAGAGUCUGCCAGCGCUGAACACAUCCCUCCAGCUCUGGAGAAACUCAUAGGGCAGAAGGAGUCAAUGAAAAAAGAAGAAAGAAAGGCAGCACACUUAACAGGGAGCCCAUCCCAGCAGGGCCUCCCUCUAGAGUGGGAGCCCAUCUCUGGCCAUGCCUACACCAGUGACAUUCAGUACCGUGACCGGGGGCUUGUCAUCAAUGAGACUGGGCUGUACUUCGUGUACUCCAACGUGCUGUUCCGGGGCAAUGUCUGCGACAGCCAGGUGCUCACACACAUUGUCUACAAGAGAAACCCGAGCUCCCCGGGCAGCUAUGUGCUGAUGGAGGACAAAGGCAUCAACUACUGCACGGGUCACAGGACGUGGGCCCGGAAAAGCAACCUGGGGGCUCUAUUCAGUCUCAGGAAGAUGGACAGUGUGCACGUCAACGUCUCCAAAAUCGCUCUGGUUAAUUUUGAGGAAUCCAAGACUUUCUUCGGCUUGUUUAAGCUUUGAAAUGGAGUGUGGCCAGCAGCCCCUCCUCACACACACACUAGGGUGUGAGGGCUGCCUGAGUGCAGUGGCCAAACCAGGGUCACACACCACAAAACUCACCAAGAAACCAUGUUUUGGCCUUCAGUGUGAAAGAGUUCAAGCCACUGGCAAAGGCUUGAAAGCAGACACCUGGGAAGCACCAGAGCUGUAUUGUGUCAACCUGAAGAGAACUGGACAUGUUCUCCUUACAAAGAAACCCCCAACAAACUCAAAAUGUGAUGUGCUGAAGACCCCAUUGAAACUCACUACUCGCUACAUGAGAAGAGGCUGGGGCCUGUGCCUUACAUGGUGUCAUGGCCCUGGUGAGCUUGGGCCAGCAGAGACAGCUGGUGGGCAUUAUGGAGGUCCCUUGAGCCAGGACUGCAAGUGCCUGGGUUGUGCCAUGCUGCAGGGAGUGGUGUGGGAAUGAGUAGUGCCAACAACUGCUCACCCUGGGCCAUGGCUGCCCACCCUGCCUGGGCACAGGGCUCUGUGCUUGCUGUCCGACAGGCACCUGCCUGCAAGCUGGGGCUGUUACAGCUGGUAUGUUCAUUUUGUGUUUGGUUAUUGAACUGUUCCCAUCCCAGAAAAUGCUCCUCAACCCCUUUAUUUAACUCAUCCCGACUGUCUUGCAAGGAACAUGCUAGAAGCAAUGGUGGCAUGAGGGGAGUCCUGACCCUGGAGUGGAACCAUGACCACACUGUGAGGGUGGGGCUGGUGAGGAGGCCAUGUGCUGACAGGAUCUGAACAGCAGGGCAGUGAGGCUUAAGGUGAAAGCAGCAUUUCCACCCCCCCUCCUGCCCUUUCAAUAUGUGAGGAUCCUCUGUGGAGAGCUGGUCUGCCACCCCUUUCAUGAUGCAUGUGGUGACAUGCUGGCAUCUAUCCAUGGCAUGGCUUCAGCUGGCCCCCUUGUCAUGAGAUGUUGUCUCCUGAGCAAAACACAGAUGGUAAAUAAAGAUAUAUUUUUCUAGUAA